GAUGUACUCUGCCACAGUUAAAAACAGGCAAUUACGGUUUCACUUCUAAAAUAAAACAAUACAUGGGACAAUGCUGACGUAAUGCCUGAGUCAUCCAUGCUCUUUAACUUUGGUCGGCGCUGGCCCGCCCAUCAGACGUUGUGACAGCCCAGGCCGUGUUUCCAGGUGCUGUUGCAGUGAAGAUGGACUUUAGCACUAGUUGUAAUGGCUUAUUGCCCUUCUGAAGCUAGCUAGCUGUGUCUCGGAGGUUUGUUUUUCCCUGUCAAAUCUCCGCGGGAAGGGAGCGAGAACUGGGCAAGCCUCACAAAGACCACAAAAAAUGCACCCUGACUUGGAAUUGAGAAUUUGAACUGCAUCGCUGGGAUAAAUCAUAUGUGGUCAUGGCUGGGCUGAUCAAGAAACAGAUCCUCAAACAUCUCUCCAGGUUUGCUAAGAACCUGUCCCCAGACAAGAUCAACCUGAGCACGUUGAAGGGCGAGGGCCAGCUCACCAACCUGGAGCUGGAUGAGGAGGUACUGCAGAGCAUGUUGGACCUGCCCACCUGGCUGGCCAUCAACAAAGUGGGCUGCAACAAGGCUGCCAUCCGAAUCCCAUGGACCAAGCUGAAGACCCACCCCAUCUCUCUGACCCUGGACAAGGUGGUAAUGGAGAUGAGUACCUGUGAUGAGCCCCGCCCUCCCAACGGCCCGUCUCCCAUAGCAACAGCCUCGGGGCAAAGUGAGUAUGGCUUUGCUGAGAAGGUGGUGGAGGGCAUCUCUCUGUCCAUCAACUCCAUCGUGGUGAAGAUCAGUGCCAAGGCGUUCAACGCCUCCUUUGAGUUGAGCCAGCUGCAGGUCUACUCUGUCAACACCAGCUGGAGCCUGUCGGACCUCCGCUUCACACGCAUACAGGACCCACACAGAGGAGAGAUCCUGACGUUUAAGGAGAUCAGCUGGCAGAUGAUCCGCAUCGAGGCGGACGCCAUCCAGAGUGCCCAGAACGAGAUGCUGAGUGCCCCCAUCCGUCUCAUCACCAACCAGUCCAAGAUCAGAGUCACCCUGAAGAGACGGUCCAAGGACUGUAACGUGGUGGCCUCUAAGCUGAUCCUGAUCCUAGAUGACCUGCUGUGGGUGCUGACUGACUCCCAGCUCAAAGCCAUGGUCCAGUACGCCAAGUCACUCAGCGAGGCCAUGGAUAAGUCUGCUCAGCAGAGGAAGAGCAUGGCCACCGAGGACCAGGAGUCGUCGGUGCCCCCUUCAGCCCAGCAGGUGCGUAGCCAGCAGGUGUCGUCAGGCACAGCAGCUGACCAGAGCGCCACCAUGGCUAAUCUGUUCGCUGCCUUCGACGUGUGUGAGACCUCCCACCACCUGCAGAUCACACACCUCGACCUGCACAUCUGUGACGACAUACACGCCAAGGACAGAGUGAUCAAUAAGAGGAUAACUGGUGGGGCCAUGCAGCUCUCCUUCAGUCACAUUACCCUGGACUACUACCCCUCCCACAGAGCAGGUGAGAGUUGUCUCCACUGGAUGCAGUACAGUGAGGCCACUAAGGCCAGGGAGGGCUGGGCCAGGAGUCUGCUGGAGGAGUUCAAGUCUAACGUGGAGAUGUUGAAGACCGCCAAGAGAGACCGGGAGGGCCCGGCCAACUCUCACACCUCACCACAGCACGGUAAGAUCAGUACUAGUUCUACCAGUAUCCUCAGUUCUCCCCAAACCCCCAGGGCGCAGCUCCUGUCCAGCUCCAUUGUCCUCAGGAUAGCUGACUUCAGCAUCUACCAGGUGUCCACAGCAGACCAGCGUCGCUCCAGCCCUAAGGCCAUGAUCUCCUGUAAUAAGAAGUCCCUGUACCUCCCUCCUGAGAUGCCUGCCAUCCACGUCGAGUUCACCGAAUACUACUUCCCUGACGGAAAAGACUACCCCAUCCCCUGCCCCAACCUGUAUGUGCAGCUGAAUGCGCUGCAGCUGGUGCUGGACCCCAGGAGCCUGGUGUGGUGCAACCUGUUUACGCUGGACCUGAGGCAGAGCCUGGAACAGUUCAUGGAGCUCUACAAGCUCAACGACGAGGAACAGAAGCCUGACGAGCACAUCGACGUCAGGGUGGACGGACUAAUGCUGAAGUUGGUAGUGCCCACGGACAGGGACCCCUCCUAUCCCCAGGACCUCCCCCGCUCCGUCUCCGUCCAAUGCUCGGAGAUGGUGGCCACCAACACCCGCCACCCCCCCAACUGCUCCCGCUCCCACCUGGAAGCCCUCCUCCUCUCCUUUCAAGAACAACAGUUCUUCUCCACCUCCUUUUCCUCCUUCCCUCGCUCCUCCACCUCCUUCCCGGUGAUCCACCCCGUUUUCCAGCGCCAUGCGCAUGAGCAGGACACUGUGUUGCACAAUGUGUAUAAAGGGUUGGUGUCGCCCUCGUUGGGCGUGGAUGCCCUCAAAAUGCCAGCUGCCACAGACUUGUGGGCGGUUCACUUUGCCCAGUUCUGGGUGGACUACGAGGGGACGCGCGGCGGGAAGGGGCGGCCCCAGCCCUUCGUUGACGCCUUCCCCCUCACUCUGUGGGCGUGCCAGCCGGUCAGACACGCCCAGCACCAGGAGCGGCUAAUGGGCGGGGCUUCGAGAGGGCAGAGAACGCCCCUUGCUGCAGGCCUGGCCAAGAGCGAGCCUGUGGAUACCGUAGGACGUCUGCAGAGGAAGAGGCUUUUGAAGGAGUACUAUAGUACUGUUACGGACGCCACGGCAACAGAGGCCUCACUGCCACCUAGCAACGGGCUUCACAAGCCACUGUCCCUGGACAACAUCCCCCCACCUUCCUCGUCUUCCAGUAAGGAGGCAGACAUGCACAUGUUAGUGCACGUACAGAAGCAUUUGAGUGCACAGGUGAGCCACAGGCAGUACAUGUUCCUGAUGCGGCUGCAGCGCAGCAUCAAAGCCUUGCAGCACACCCUGCAACAGGACCUGGAGGGGAUGGGCUCCAAACGAGACAAGGCAAAGACCACAUCGGACCCCCCUCCAGACCACCAGCCCUUCAGUGCCUGUGUGGGGAUCCUGCUCAAAAGUGCGGAGAUAGCUCUCCUCUUGAAGCCGGUCCCCCAGCCCGAGGGUCCUGGUUCCCCCCUAGGGUCGGAGUUGUCCCCCUCGGAGAGUAGAUGCACCUUGGAGACUGGGAGUGACGGAGGGGAGGGGGGAGAUAGAGGAACCCACGUAGAGGGGGCUGGGACAAAGGGAAGCUGUACAGUGGACCAGCUUAUGUACGGGGGAGGGGUAGAGGGUGGGAUAACGCAAGGCCCUGCCCCUCUCAUCCCUGCCUCUGCCCCCAACCUGAAGGCUUCUCUUGACGAGAGGACAGGGAGAUCGAGUUCAGAGGAGUUGGGAGAGGCUAUCCUGGAGGCCCGGACUGGGGGAGAGGAGCCGGGGACCAGAGUUGUUUGUACAGCCCAGCAGGGUGAGUCCUCCAGGGCAGACCCCACUCUCUCAGACCCACUCUCCACCAAAGACUGGAACGAGAAGAACCCUGGGGCCAGACUGCCUGAGUCUAUGUCCAGGAAAGGCAGUCUGUCAGUGGUUUCUGACCGGCUCAGCUCCUCAAACACCCGGUCCACCUCCCUUUAUUCUAUUUCCAACAUUGGGCGUCUGAUGAGGGAGCGUUCCCAGUCCAGUUUCUCAGUGUCCUAUAAGAACAUGAAGAAGACUCCGUCUCUGCAGUCCUUGGACAACCUCUCCAUAGACAGCUACCUGAUGGAGGACGGAGACACAGACACAUACAGCCUGCUAGAGAGGGACGACGUGUCCAUCUCAGGCUUUAAGGAUGUGGUGAGGGAGCAGAGUGCCACAGAAAUUGCCAAGGAGGCAGCAGCAGUAGCGGCCAUGGGCACAGGGGAGCAGGACUGUGCUGGCUCACCAGAUACUGUCAGUGCCACCUCCCAGAGCAUCGACGAACCUACCAAAGACAUGGUGUCGGUGCUGGUGCUGAAGGUGCAGUGUGUGUGUGGGGGGAUGGAAGUGCGAGGGGAGAGCACAGCUGUAUCUCUGGAGGUGGGCUGCGUCAGACCCACACAGCUGGGAAACGUCAGCCUCCGACAAUACCUCAGCAACCGCAGCCUGGGUAUGGUACCCACUGCUCAGGGCAGCACUAUUGUACCCCCUGCCCCAGGCAGCGAAGGUGGUGGUCUGGAGGCCAAUACAGACGGGACCACCCAUCUCCCGGAGGUCAGGGCUCGGCUGGAGAGCGGGCCGUGUGCCGCCGCCCACUCCCCCCUGGCCGAGACCAACGGUUUCCUCCAGCUGCGUCUCCACGGCUACCGGGCCAGCUUCCUCAUGUCGUCGCUAAGGAACCUGGCUCACUUCCUGGAGGAUGACUCCGCCCCCCAGGUCCUCCCGAUGGAGAUCAGCGUCAGGGACACACACAUCGACCUGAAGGAUGAUGGUCCCCGUGACAACCCGUCUGACCCUGAUCCCACCCCCAUCACUCUGCACAUCUCCAACCUGCUCAUCCACAGGACCGACGAUGGAGCCUUCUCUAUAGGGGUGGAAAAUAUGUCUGAGGCGGGGCCUAAGAAAGAAGUCCAAUUGAUUGACAGCGGUCUGUCUCCAGUCUCUGAAAGUGUGGUCAGCAGCACUCCCAAGGCCACACAGACCCCUGACCCUCCUAGCCCUAGCCCAGCCCCCUCCAACAAAGAACAGGAAUUUAACCACCACGCUUAUCAACACCAUCUCUUCUGUUUACCCCUAGCUGCUGAUAGAGGAGAAUGAGUGUUUGAAACUGGAGCUCUCCAAAGCCAAGAUGGCUCUAGCUGAGGCCCAAAUGGAGAAGGACUUCCUGUUACACCGCAUGAAGAGUCUCAAAGUGAACAGCAGCUAGGGUAGGCCACCAGAGGCCCAGUGACCACCAGUCUGUAGUGCUGCAUAUCACCACAGGGAGGAAGCAGAGAGGAGAGAGGGGGUGCUGGAUACUGGAGCUACUUGAUGUAGCAUCACACAAGUAUUAUUCAAGCAUCAGCCAGGUCAUUCAAGCCUGUUCUGAUGAAGGGCUGGUCGCCUAAGAACUAAACCACACACACACACAGUCCAUGAAGUCUACUCCUUAACACACACACACACACACAGUCCCUGAGAACUAGAGUGGGGCUACUUUUUCACUACCACCCUCAUCUCAGGAACUGGAUAGUGGACAGUGUUAGACUUUCAUCCCUUCCUCGAUACAGUGCUGCUGUGUCAUCCCUGGGCUGGGACUAGGACUGCAGUACACAUGCUUGUUUUACAUGCUAGUUUUACAUGAUUGUUGUGCUUGUUUUGAGUUUCUCUCUUUAUGCAGUAAGUUAGUGUUCAGUCUCCAGUAAUCCGACUCUGCAAGCCAGAGCAGCCCCCUAAAUAUAGGAGCAUAAGGAGGGAUGGAGGGGAGAUGAGACUAAUCUAAAUUAAACAGCCCUCAAGUGGAAUGGAGGGGCUAGGGAGGUGGGGUGGGAGUCCUGAAUGUUAGGCUUGGGGGAAAAGUUGCCCUCCCUGAAUCGUUACCUUAAAUAGGAGAAACAAUGCAAAAAUGGGCAACUUUAUCAAGCAUCAUAUUUUUGAGGAACAUAUUCUAUAUGUAAUGACCUUUGAUGGGAGGAGCUUGCCUGGGUGGGGUGAGACACUGAAUGUCAUAACUAUGGAGGAAUGUCUUAAAAAUAGACUUAUUUUGCACUGUGCUGAAACUAAACAUGUAGUUUGGUGCUUAUGGAAAAAAAUGUAUCUAGCGCUGAACCAAUUGUAUUUGGUGUGUAUAUGGUAAUGUACUUAUGAUGGGCAAAGCGUACACAAUGUUUUCUACAGAAUUCUGAAUGGUUGUGCAGUGUGUUUUCAACAUGUAUUUGUCAUGCAACUAAAACAAGCAUUUCAUUUAAUUGAAAAGGAAAAUAUACAAUUAUAUAUUUUCACAUGUACUUUUCUUCCAUUCCAUCUAGUUGAUGUCUACAAUGCCCAUAAUGUCCCACUGCACUGUUUAUUCCCCACUAUUUUUCUACAUGUAAAUAGCUAGUUGUGUGUCCAGCACUUUUGAACUAUAUUCAUUGUAAAUACGAUCCCUGUACGAAAGCAUCAUCCAAUCCGGUUGAGAACACUAUCCUGUCAUCUCUCGAUUAUUCAAUGAGUGGAAAGAACACUAAUAUGGAGAGCAAGUUACCAUCUCUUUUCUCCUAUGAGGAUGAAGCCUGGGGUGUAUUCAUUAUUCAGAUUCCUUUACAGAAUGUAUUUUCUGUUCAAAACAUUUUGCAACUAAAAACAUUUACCCAAACAGAAAACGUUUUGCAACGAUUGGACAAAUUCAGGUAGCCCCCCCCAUUGGUUCUGUUUGCGUUGUUUGCUUCCGUUUAGUUCCUAGAGUAAAUGGUUUCUGUAGCAAAAUGUUUUUUUUGCAAAGGUCUGUGACUAAUGAAUACAGCUUUCGCCUACCCUCUGCCGAGCCCAACACCGGACGAUCCGGUUUUAAGGGGAAAUGGAAAAAGCCUGUGACACGACUUCCACUUUUGAUCAUUAACAAGGUGACGCUCCAUCUUCUCCUCCACAUGGACUGGAUUGGUUGAAUGGUGCAGAAGAGAACCUCCCUGACUCCUCCCCCUCCCUUCUUGUCAAGAUUUGUUGUAGAAGAACCAGUUUCAGGUGUUUAUUUUACUCCUGCUACGUUAGGUAACUCCUCCCAGUGCAGGAGGGGAAACGGCAUGUGCUUUUCUGUGUGUUCAUUCUAUAUUUGCAUAAUCCUACAUGUAGUUUUUCACCAACGUGACGUCGUGCCCAUAUCUGCUGCACCAUGCUUGUCUGUUGGGGAAGCCUUGGAGUGUUGUAGAAUAGAGCUGUAUUUCCCCUUUGGAGCAUGAUUUUGGCUCACACACACAAUUCAGUCACAAGGCAGUUCUGUCUGAAGCAUCGCGUCUUACACAGAGACGUUUCCAGUAGUAGAAUGAGAUUUGCUGACAGAUUACAAUGGCUUGCCUCUCUUUAAAGGUGCAGUCUGCAGGUUCUCUGUCCCGUAUGGCAAUGAGAUCAAGUAAAAACACAACUACCCUAAAACAAAACCGAAGAAGGUAAAGGUAGUUCUGUUUACACCAACGAUGGCAACUGGUCUUUCUUUGGUUUUCACUGGCAGGCUCACUCGAAUGACCCCAUCCUAGUCCUUCAAAAAGGGCAGUUUGGGAAUACAUACUUUUUCUACUUUAAAGUUGUUAACUAUCCAAAUGGACCUAGCUCAGCCUAGGCCUAGUUCAGUCCAGCUGAAUGUCUUUCCAAGCUGCGCUUCACUUGCUGGUUCACUUACCUGCUCAACACUGACAACAUUUGAAUGGCAGUUAGGAUUUGAAUGCUUGAUUGUACUUUAAAGGCUGCCCUCUCUGGAGUUUCUAACUUUCUCAUCCACUUCCUUGUCCGGAUUGACCCGCCCCCUCAUUACAAUAGCCCCUCCCUUGACCUGCUCAGCUCCUGAAAACCUGUGUACAAAAAGGAAAGGAUUUGUAAUAUUUGUCUGUCGAAGCUGCUGAGCUACUGAUGAAAAAUAAAAAGGUAUCCAAUCAAAAAUGUC